GCUGAUCAAAGAGUGACUUCAAGACGCAUCAGAGGGAAAGGAAAGGUACCAAUAACUCGGUUGUAUUGUGAAGAAAUUCCUGUCACUGGCAGUAAAGACCCUCAUCGGUUACAUCAUCAUCAGAGCAGCAGCUUCACACUUGCUCCGGCUCACCGGUCUGAAGAGAACUCACUGUUGCAACACCCAAGGCAUUUGAACCACCACUCAACUGAGCAGCCUCAUCACAAUGGAGAUCUUUAAGCUCCCCUCCGGCCGCCAGAUCGCGUACGAGUUCACCUACAAGUCGGACCCGGACCGCCCCACCAUCCUCCUCUCCAACCCUCUCUCCGCCCAAUUCUCCAUCUGGGACCGCGUCGUAGCCCGGCUCCACGACGCGGGCUUCCGCGUCGUCCGCUACGACCACCCGGGCCACGGCGAGUCGGGCGUGCCCGCAGACCUCUCCUCCACGACCUUCGACUCCCUCGCCUCCGACGUGCACGCCCUCCUCGCCGGCAUCGGCAUCGGCGCGGGGCCCCGCCGCCUGCACGCCUGGAUCGGCGACUCCAUGGGCGGUGCGCUGGGCGUCGUCUUCACCGCCGCGCACCCGGGCUCGGUCGGCCGCCUCGUCGUCUGCGACGCCAUCGCCUGCUCGCCCGCCAACGCCGGCGUGUCGCCGGACCCGUUCGCGCCCCGCGUCGAGGCGGCGCGCGCAGCGGGGUCCAUGGACGCGACAGUGGAGGAGACGGUGGGCCGCUGGUUCGGCGAGUGGGUGCUGGCCGAUCCCGAGGAGGCGGAGCGCGUCCGCCGCCUGAUGCGCACCACCUCGGUCGACGGGUUCGAGACGUGCAUUGCCGCCCUGCGGUCGUCGACUUUCGACCUGCGGCCCUUGCUCGGACGGCUUGCGCGGUGCGUUGAGCGCGUGCUGCUGGUCGUUGGCGGGAACGACGCGGACUUGCCGGCUAAGAUGGCGGAGAUGCGGGAUGAGGUGCAGAAGGGGUUCCAGGCGGCGGGGAGGGAGGAGAAGGUUGAGCUGCGGGUCAUUCCGGACGCGGGCCAUGUCCCGUUUAUCGACUGCUAUGACGAGUUCAUCGAGGCGGUGUUGCCGGUCCUCCUGGUGCGUUAGUGCGCUCGGGGUCAGGGGGGUUUGCGGGAGCGUUGGGAAGGAUAUGUCCCAUUCGGGGAAUUAUCUGGAAAAUGGACGGGGAGAAAGUUAAGGCCAGGAAAAGGUCGCCAUGAAACUCGUGAGCUCCGUCCAAAGUUUUGGAUGUUUGACUUGAAAGGAGCCGUUCGAGGAACAAGUUCAAAAAUCAAGGCAGCAUCAACCUACCUAUCCGACCCAUCUCAAACUGUGACUGCGUUUGCCGUAGCAUAUACGUAACUACCAUCAAAUUGGCGGUCGUUCUUUGACUAGCAGGUCUAAUACUGGCCACAAGCCUCUUUGUCCCAACCAUUGA